AUGUGGCUGGCGAUGGAGAAAAUCAACCCCGGGGAAUUCAGGAUCGGGGAAAAGAGGUCCAGGGCCACCGUCACAGGAGCCCUGGUACUGGAGAUUCCUGGUCUCGAAGGCCAUUCGAAGGCGGAUGCUCUAGCUGCCAAAAUGUCCGUUCUCUUAAAGGGAGGUCGUGCGUGUGGCGCGUUCCGUGAAGAGGAUGGAUCUGCGGGUCCGCGAUCUGGACGCCACGGUCACCGCAAAGGACGUGAUCCCUGGGGGAAUUGCGGGCUGGAUUGCGGACCGGAAGCAAUCAAGGUCGGGUCAAUCAAACACGCUCCAAAUGAGACGGGAACACUGUGGCCACACUGCCUCCUGACAGUGGCGCAAAAGAUCACGGGCGGAAGCCGCCUCAAAGUGGGCUGGUCCUCCGUCUGCGUAGAGGCCAUCACGCAGCGUCCAUUACAGUGA